AUCAUCCAUUGGGAAUUAUCAACGUCAGGUUAUGGAGAAACCGAACCAAUUUUAUGCCAGAGAGAACCGGACCAAUUUAAUUGCGGUUACACCUAUCAUUAGAAAUGUAGAACAAGAAACGAGGAAAUUUAUGCCUGUAUCGAUCAAAACUUGUAACCAAAAGUGCUAACAACUCAAUUAUAUGAACCAUUCAUAGCAUCAAGCCAUCAACAGCUGAAAUUCCCGGUUAGAUGUGAUAAAACCAAAGCGGUUAAUAAGGGUUAAUGAGAUUGAGAACCAAUAUUUCCGGGUUGGCGGUUACGCCGUUUCGUGCUCUUCUGUUUUAGUUCCAGCUCAAGAGACGCGUUGAUUGGAGAAGGUGAGAGAAAUCUCUUGGUAGAGGGAGAAAAUUAGGGUUUAGAGUUGGAGAAUGAGAAGAGGAACGAAGAUCUAAGGAGACAAAAGAGAGUAGCUACAUCCAUUUCCUUCGUUUCUCUCUAUCUCUCAGAGAAUGAGUCACCAAUCGCCGCCGAUCUCUGAAGUUGAUGCCACCGACGAUAUGCACGAAGCGUUGUUCGCGAAGCGAGGCUGUUGUUUCCUUAUGCCAUGCCUAGCCUCAUCUCAGCCGUCCACUCGCGGCGGAUCUGUGUGGUGGCAACGGAUCACGACCGUCGACAAACUCGAACCCGACGAACGAUGGUGGAUCCGAGGGUGGCGGAGGAUGAGGGAGUGGUCGGAGCUUGUCGCCGGUCCUAGAUGGAAGACUUUUAUCCGCCGAUUCGGACGCAACCACUGCUGCGGAGGAGGAGGAGGGAGAGUCGGAAACAGUAGCGGAGGAUGCGGUGCAAUGACUAACCGGUCGGAUCAGGGUAAAUUCCGGUACGAUCCGUUGAGCUACUCAUUAAAUUUCGAUGACGGAAAGCAAACCGGACAUUUUGAUGACGAGUUCCCGUACCGAGAUUACUCGAUGAGAUUCGCUGCGCCAUCGUUACCGGUUUCCACUAAAUGCUCAAUCGAUUUCGAUAGCGCCACGAUGGAUAAGUGAAUGUCACGCGCUCGACUUGUCUUUCUUUCACUGAAUCAAGGCAACACGUGUGUCGUGUGUCAGAGCAAAAAAUGAGAGGGCCACUUUGUUCGUUUCUUCUUCGAAUCUCCCAUAUUAAAACCUAUCUUACACAUUUUUUGAAUCUUACAGUAUUAAAUUAUUAAUUUGUCAUUAUUAGCAAUGUAUUUAAAAAGAAAAUCAUCUUUCUCGUAAAUAUUAGAACAAUCACCAAGGAAA